CUCACCACGGGCCAGGACCCCUCUCACCCACUCACCACAGCCCAGGACCCCUCUCACCCACUCAUCACAGCCCAGGACCCCUCUCACCCACUCACCACAGCCACGACAGGACCCCACUCACCCACUCACCGCAGCCCGGGACCCCUCUCACCCACUCACCACAGCCCACGACCCCUCUCACCCACUCACCGCAGCCCAGGUCCCCUCUCACCAACUCACCGCAGCCCACGACAGGACCCACUCACCACAGCCCACGACAGGACCCCACACACCCACUCACCGCAGCCCAGGACCCCUCUCACCCACUCACCACAGCCCAGUCCCCCCCCACCCACUCACCGCAGCCCAGGUCCCUCUCACCCACUCACCGCAGCCCAGGUCCCCUCCACCCACUCACCGCAGCCCAGGUCCCCUCUCACCCACUCACCGCAGCCCAGUACCCCUCCCACCCACUCACCGCAGCCCAGGUCCCCUCCCACCCACUCACCGCAGCCCAGGUCCCCUCUCACCCACUCACCACAGCCCAGGACCCCUCCACCCACUCACCGCAGCCCAGGUCCCCUCUCACCCACUCACCGCAGCCACCAGGACCCCUCCCACCCACUCACCACAGCCCAGGUCCCCUCUCACCCAUCACCGCAGCCCAGGACCCUCCUCACCCACUCACCGCAGCCCAGGACCCUCCACCCACUCACCGCAGCCCAGGACCCCUCCCACCCACUCACCGCAGCCCAGGUCCCCUCUCACCCACUCACCACAGCCCAGGACCCCUCCCACCCACUCAUCACAGCCCAGGUCCCCUCUCACCAUCUCAUCACUGCCCAGGACCCCUCUCACCAACUCAUCACCGUCCAGGACCCCUCUCACCCACUCAUCACCGCCCAGGACCCCUCUCACCAACUCAUCACCGCCCAGGGCCCCUCUCACCCACUCAUCACUGCCCAGGACCCCUCUCACCGUCUCAUCACCGCCCAGGGCCCCUCUCACCCACUCAUCACUGCCCAGGACCCCUCUCACCAACUCAUCACCGUCCAGGACCCCUCUCACCCACUCACCACCCAGGACCCCUCUCACCGUCUCAUCACCGCCCAGGGCCCCUCUCACCCACUCAUCACUGCCCAGGACCCCUCUCACCAACUCAUCACCGUCCAGGACCCCUCUCACCCACUCAUCACCGUCCAGGACCCCUCUCACCCAUUCAUCACUGCCCAGGACCCCUCUCACCCAACUCACCACAGCCCACGACCCCUCUCAUCACCGCCCAGGACCCCUCUCACCAACUCACCACAGUCAGAGAUCCAGGACUCUGAGCAGGGAGAGGGCACGCUUUAA